AUGGCAUUUUCAAUGAGUAGCCAUAGCACUCUUGGUGUGGCCUCACUUCUCUUCACGGUGUUCUACAUUGCCAUGAUCAGCUCACAAGCAGCAAUUGCCGUGAGCGCAGCCAAGUACAACGUCGUCUCCGGGGCCAAGCCUGAUGGGGUCACGGACUCGACACAGGCCUUCGUGGGCACAUGGCUCGCGGCUUGUGGCUCCGAGAUGCCAGCCACCAUCAGCGUGCCGGCCGGGCGGUUCCUGGUGGGAGGGGCCACCUUCAGCGGGCCGUGCAAGAACAACGCCAUCCGGUGGCAGAUCGAAGGGGUGAUCACGGCUCCCGCGGAUUAUAACGUGCUUGGGAACGUUGGGACGUGGCUCUUGUUCCAGCACGUGGACGGCAUGUCAAUCUCCGGCGGGGUCCUCGAUGGGCAAGGCGCCGCUUUGUGGGCUUGCAAAGCGUCCGGCAAGAGUUGCCCCGGUGGAGCCACGACAAUUGUCUUCAGCAACUCAAGGAAUAUUGCGGUAAGCAAACUGACGUCGCUCAAUAGCCAGUUGUUUCACAUUGUCAUCAACGGAUGCCAAAACGUGAGGUUACAAGGAAUGAAGGUUUUUGCGUCCGGUGACAGCCCGAACACGGAUGGUGUCCAUGUCCAAUUGUCUUCCGGUGUCACGAUCAUGAACUCAAAAAUUGGAACUGGUGAUGACUGCGUCUCGGUCGGUGCCGGCACUACAAACCUCUGGAUCGAAAACGUUGCCUGUGGCCCGGGCCACGGAAUCAGCAUUGGGAGCCUAGGGAAGGACCUUGAAGAGGCAGGGGUUGAGAACGUGACGGUCAAGAACGCUGUGUUCCGAGGGACACAAAACGGGUUGAGGAUCAAAUCUUGGGGCAGACUCAGCACCGGAUUUGCCAAGAACAUCCUCUUCCAACAUGCCGUCAUGUCCAACGUUAAUAACCCAAUUGUCAUCGACCAAAAUUACUGCCCCAACAACAUCAAUUGUCCUGGUCAGUUUUCAGGCGUAAAAAUUAGCAACGUGACGUACCAAGACAUUCAUGGGACAUCAGCGACCGAAGUGGCUGUCAAAUUUGACUGCAGUCUGAAGAACCCAUGCGCAGGAAUAAGAUUAGAAGAUGUGAAGCUCACCUACAAGAACAAUCAACAACCGGCUCAAGCUUCCUGCGUCAAUGCUGGUGGAUUGGCCUUUGGCCUGGUCCAACCCUCCAGUUGCUUGUAG